AUGGAUAAUCAGAUUCUGAUUGGCAAAAAUCUGUCAAAACUUUCAACGAAAAAUGCUGCCUUGGAGAGAGCAAGCGGGCUAUCGCAGCAGAAGGAUGACGUAAAGAAGAUAAAGAGAGACAAUGCAUUUGCACUGAUUCAUGGCUUGGAUUCUGAGGAUUCUACUGCCGCACCAUCAGAUCCUGCAUCUGCAGAACGAGUGGAAUUAAAGGUUAUAACUGAAAGUAUGAAAAAGAAAUUGUCCAAGGUGGUAAACAAUCAGUAUGAAUAUAACAGGAGGCAGUUUCUGGCCGCGUCAUGGGCGUAUUUGAAGCAUCCCGAUUCAUUUAUUAAUACAACAACUGAUAAUUUUAUUUCCAGUCAUCUUGAUUUGCUAUUUAGCAAGUAUGAUGAAAAUAAACCCCCCGUUAGAGAAGAGAGUGUGCCGGAAUCACUAGAAUCCAACGAACAAUCAUCUUCCUAUGAAAAUACAGAUUCCGAAGACAUGUGUGAAGACAUUCCAGAUUUGUUUGAUAAUGAGUACUUUGAGAAACCAGAACACACACUAAAGAACCGUUGUGAAAAUUUCUUCAAAACUCACGGUCUUGUUGUAAAAGUUCGAAGAUUACCAUUGGAUUACAACAAGCCAAACGGUACACAAAAUAGAAGACCUGCCAAGGCAUUAAACACACUAUCAUUAUACCCACCUUAUCAUUUUAUUUCUAGACACCGGCGCCAUUUAUUUGAACAACUUAUGCGUUCACGCACAUUUUUAGAUACAAGAUAUAAUAGUUGCAAUGAAAUGCGGAAUUCAAAGUCACCUUUUUCACUAUUUGAGGUACAUCCUAAUAUUUUGAACCAUUUUAAUGAGUUAAAAAAUGAUUUUUCGGAUCCAGAAUUUUCUGGAGUGUAUAUUUCGUUAAACACGAAACCAUAUCAGACGACAAGUGAAUUUGGAAAGGCGAAUAGAACAAAACUAAUAGCUUGGGCACUUGUUGAAAUUUUGACAAACAACGAAAGAUGCCUAAAAUGUUUGUGGAUACAUCCAUCUAUAUCUGCUACGGGAACAACAGACGUACUAUCGGCUUUUUUGCCUUAUGUCAUAUUCGUAUCAUUUUCUGUCAAACCGCCGUCUAUCGAUUUAAGAUAUCAAAACAAACUAUUUUAUGUUUGGCUUAGUGAUUUUGACCAUUUUCCGCGUCAGACUUUGGUACUACUUACCAGCGUAAAGAGAUUUGGCUUAAUAAAGCAUUACGAUCGCCCAGAAAACUCACAAACUAAGGAUGUAACAAGAAGCCACGCAGAUGCUGGUAUUCAGGACGAAAAGUGUUUUUGUAACAGCCAUGCAAAUUGGAAUGACUGCGACCAAGUCAUUCUAGGUUGUACUGAACAGCUUAUGCAUAUUCUCAUACCAAAAUGGAUAAAGGUUGUAAAACAGGGAUAUUCCACACACCUGCUCGAUGACCUGGAAAAAAUUACAUCUCCAGACAUACUGUCAAGUUCACAAAAGUCAACUGAAACUGUAAACGAGAUUAAAACUGCAGAGUUUACUGGGCUAGAACAUUCGGAAAUUAGGGACCUAAUGAUGCAUCUAUAUGGAGCAAGGUGGAGACUAAGGCUCAAAAUAAAGACUUUGAGAAACGUAAAACUCUCAAGCAGCAGCUACACGUCAAAAGAUGAAUAUUCGGCAUCCUCCAAUGAGCGAGAACAGAGAAGAAAACGCAGAGAACAAAAACUCUAUAGAUGA